CCCUCCACCUUAAAAUCCCUCCGCCGCUGCGAUCGCCGUCGCCUUCGCCGUUUACCGUGGCUGUCUUCGAUCUUAUGCGGUUUUCAGAUCGAUCGAGCAGUGCUGAGAGCUGCAGAUGCGAAAAUGGAGUUAGCUGAUCGGGCAGUCGGGUUUCUACUGUCUUCCAUCAGCUUGUCCAUCUUCAUUUACUAUACUUUCUGGAUCAUCAUCUCGCCAUUUGUAGAUACAGACCACUUCAUCCACAAGUAUUUCUUGCCCCAAGACUAUGCAAUUCUCGUGCCCGUAUCCGCCGUUUUUGCUCUCCUCUCCUUCCUCGCCAUGUUUAUCGGGUUUGUGAUUCUCAAGUCGGAAUAGAAGAAGGCGUGACCCGAGCUCGAGUUUUCGCUAAGAGUUUUGUUGAUCUCUGAGACACCAUUAUGUGGUUGUAGGAAGUGAUUCUGAUGUUUGUGAAUACAUAAUAAAGAAUGAAAGUUGCAAUCUUUAUUUUAACCCUUUGAGCUUUGAUGUGAUUGUGAUAAAAAUUCCUUAGAUUUCGACAUGGGCUUAUGUUUUUGUCAA